AUGUCUGCUCUCAUCCCUUACGACUUCUCACAUAUCUCCUUGAACAGACAUAUUUCUUUCUCCCUCUUUUCUCUUUCCCUUCCCCGCCUUAUAUGCAUAUCCCUCUUCUUCUCCUCCAACUAUUCCCUUCACUCAAUAUCUCACUCCUUUUAUAACUACCUUCACAUCUUGACCUAUUCAUAUCUAUCUAUCUAUCUAUCUAUCUAUCUAUCUAUCUAUCUAUCGUCCCUUUCCCACUGCCAUGUUAAACACCUCUUUGUUUCUUUCUUUGUUUGUUUCUUUAUUUGUUUCUUUCUGUGGUUUUUUAUUUGUUUCUUUCUUUGUUUCUUUCUUUAUUUCUUUCUUUGUUUCUUUCUGUGGUUCUUUAUUUGUUUCUUUCUUUGUUUCUUUAUUUGUAUCUUUCUGUGGUUCUUUAUUUGUUUCUUUCUUUGUUUCUUUAUUUGUAUCUUUCUGUGGUUCUUUAUUUGUUUCUUUCUUUGUUUCUUUCUUUGUUUUUUUCUUUGUUUCUUUCUUUGUUUCUUUAUUUGUUUCUUUCUUUGUUUUUUCUUUGUUUCUUUAUUUGUUUCUUUAUUUGUUUCUUUAUUUGUUUCUUUCUGUUCUUUUUUUUUUUGUUUCUUUCUUUUUGUUUCUUUUUUUGUUUUUUAUUUGUUUUUUUUUAUCUUUGUUUUUUGUUUCUUUGUUUCUUUGUUUGUUUCUUUCUUUUUUUUUGUUUUUUCUUUUUGUUUCUUUAUUUGUUUUUUUUUUUUUUCUUUGUUUCUUUAUUUGUUUCUUUAUUUGUUUCUUUCUGUGGUUCUUUAUUUGUUUCUUUCUUUGUUUUUUUCUUUGUUUCUUUAUUUGUUUCUUUAUUUGUUUCUUUCUGUGGUUCUUUAUUUGUUUCUUUCUUUGUUUUUUCUUUGUUUCUUUCUUUGUUUCUUUCUUUGUUUCUUUAUUUGUUUUUUUAUCUUUGUUUCUUUCUUUGUUUCUUUCUUUGUUUCUUUAUUUGUUUCUUUCUGUGGUUUUUUAUUUGUUUCUUUCUUUGUUUCUUUCUUUGUUUCUUUCUUUGUUUCUUUCUUUGUUUAUUUCUUUGUUUCUUUCUUUGUUUUUUUCUUUGUUUCUUUCUUUGUUUCUUUCUUUGUUUCUUUCUUUGUUUCUUUCUUUGUUUAUUUCUUUGUUUCUUUCUUUGUUUCUUUCUUUGUUUUUCUUUGUUUCUUUCAUUUGUUUCUUUCUUUGUUUCUUUCUUUGUUUCUUUCUUUGUUUCUUUCUUUUUUUUCUUUUUUUUUUUUCUUUUUGUUUCUUUAUUUGUUUUUUUUUUUUGUUUCUUUAUUUGUUUCUUUCUUUGUUUUUCUUUGUUUCUUUCUUUGUUUCUUUAUUUGUUUUUUUAUCUUUGUUUUUUUGUUUCUUUGUUUCUUUGUUUUCUUUCUUUGUUUCUUUCUUUGUUUCUUUCUGUGUUUCUUUCUUUGUUUCUUUCUUUGUUUCUUUCUUUGUUUCUUAAUUUGUUUCUUUCUUUGUUUCUUUCUUUGUUUCUUUCUUUGUUUCUUUCUGUGGUUCUUUCUUUGUUUCUUUGUUUCUUUCUUUGUUUCUUUAUUUGUUUCUUUAUUUGUUUCUUUGUUUCUUUCUUUGUUUCUUUAUUUGUUUCUUUCUUUGUUUCUUUAUUUGUUUCUUCCUGUGUUUCUUUGUUUCUAUCUUUGUUUCUUUCUUUGUUUCUUCCUUUGUUUCUUUCUUUUUUGUUUCUUUACUUGUUUCUUUGUUUGUUUUUUUGUUUCUUUGUUUGUUUGUUUGUUUGUUUCUUUGUUUGUUUCUUUGUUUGUUUGUUUCUUUCUUUCUUUCUUUCUUUCUUUUUCUUAUUGA